AAAAGUAAAUGGGUUUCGCUUCCAAAGAACACGACUCUCCUCCGCAAAGAGCUUUCGUUCCAUCUGUCAGCUUGUGUCCCGCGAUUCGCGUUCACUCGCAAAUCACUGUUCUUAAGGAACGUAAAAUUCAGUCACAACCGGGAUAAUAGAUGCUGGCACUAAUGAGCACUGCAAAGCCUGAUUUCUUAGACAUCGACAAUGAUAAGUUCAAAUCCAUCAUAAAAAUAUCAAACAAAGAUUCGAUCGAACAAAAGAAGGAUCGUUCCGGAAGCGAUGAGGACUCUUCGAAAACUUUGCAACUUCUACGAAUUAAGGGAUUUCCUCGAUUGUUACCCGAAGGGAUUAAGGCGUUGGUCAAUUAUUGUCGAUACCUGCAAGAGUUGUCACUGUCCUAUUCAUUACUUAGCGACGAGUUACUAUUAGCUUUGAGUUCUGAAAAACAGGUGCAAUUGGAAACCCUGCGAUUGGAAGUGCAUCCAGAGACAAAACCACUUCCGCGAGUCAGCGAUAAAGCUUGGUUUACCUUUUCAAGUCAUUUGCCCAACAUAAAUCUUAUACUAUUGUCCUAUAUGACGAGCGAAGACGAUCAGAGUCCAUUAUUUGCACCGUACGUUCCUAUAACGCACCUAUACUUUGGGGAAGCGCCGUCGGAAGCAACUGUGUUACGUAUUGGCUAUCAGUGUCCCCGGCUGAUUGAGCUAGUAAUUGCAGCUUAUGGACCCGGUUUACUCGAUCACGUAUUACUCUCUGUCGCUCAAAGAUGUCCACGCCUAAGCGCCGUGGGUUUGGGUGAUUGUGAAAUCACUUGCUCAGGAUUGUUGGAAUUUGUUACGCUCUGUGCAAAACGUUUGCGGAUACUGUACGUUUGGGAAACGUCAUUGAUAGAGGAUUCCGAACUUGACGUCGCAAAAGUAUCAAAGAAUGUCUCAUUGCUCCUUGGUCGUACUUGGGUACCUGAAUAUAUACCAUUAUGUUGAGACUUAAUGACCGAUGCAAUUUAUUACGAUGCAAAUACACUUAGUGGCCGACAAUAGUUUGCGCAUGUACCAAAAAUAUAUUAUAUGCAUAUUAUAGGUUUCCAAUAAUCUUAGGAUUGAUGUUCACAAAAAUGCCUUUCCGAAGACCACAAUGUUAAUGAUUGAGAUAAAAAGAUGUCCACACUUUUUGACACAUGAACGACCCAACACGUUACCGAUUGAUCACAUGCGAUUCAUACAUACAAAAAACAAUACCGAAAAAAAUCUCGUAUUGUAAAAAUUGCUCGUGUCUGUUAAUACCAAAAAUAUAAACUUUAUUAGAUUAUAAUGGUAUCUCUUGCGUGUAGUGUAUAUAAAAUAAAAUAAUACCACUACAUAUUUAGCAAUCGUCACGCAUGAUAGAUGUGUAUAAUACAUAAUAAUUAAUAUAGUCUAUAAUGUUAUUGUAAUACAACAGAGUAUGUACAUUAUUUCUACAUUAUAACAUAAUAAAUCAUUGGGUAUACGAUAUCUCAAAAUUUUGAUUGGGUAUACGAUCAGGUAGUUACGAUAUCUAAUAACGUUAACAAUUAAUAUCCUUAAUAUUUACUUGUUUUUCAAUUAUUUUGUUUCAUCUUCUUUUUUUUUACAUUUUACUUAUGCUACUUUAAAGAUGCGAGGCGCUCAGUCUUGUAUUCCAACCGAUAUAUCCAAUCUCUCGUCUCACUAAGGCCGAUUAAAAUCUUAACGUUUCGAACAAUUUGCAAAUUUCAGCUAAGUUUAUGAUAAAUUAUAUUUUAAUUGUAAGUAAGAAUCUGCAUCGCUUUUUAUAUCGUAAUAAUUCUUAUAUUAUAAUACAUAACACGUAGAUCGUGUCGAACAAAUAUUAUACUUUUAUGUACAUUAUAAUAUUUUCAGUUUUCAAUUAAAUAAAUAGCAAUUUAAAAAGGAAGGUGAUAGAAUUUAAAUUAUUCAAUAUGUACCACCAACAUGCUAUAUAUUUGUAACAUCGUCGAUUAUAAAACGUAUUUAUUACUCAUUAGCAUCCGUUAAGCAACUGAUAAGUGGUAAUCAUAGUCAAAAUUAGUUUAACAUUUAAAGUAACAGAGCCCUUUGAACACGCUUAUAUUACAUAUUAAAAUGGUUACCUCUCUGAUAGUAUUAAUAUAAAUAUUUUUAUGAGAAAUAUUGCGAAACUUUUAAGAACAUGUAGAAAAAUUAUUCUAAUGUAAAUGUAUGACUUUUGUUUUUUGUUCUAUAUAUUAUAAACAGACUCGUUACAGAUGUAUGUUUAAAAUUUGUUAUUAAAAUGAAAAUUAUUCGAAAAAGGGCUCGUAAAUAUAAUAAAACGUUUCCAAGAGAAUAAAAAUAAAAUGUAAUUAAUUUUAUUAUUUUUUCGUGUAGUCAACAAUUUUUGUUCAUUAAUUGUGACAAUCUCUUUAAAUUUACUAGACGAAUAAUACAGCCAUGUCUUAUUCACAAUACAAAUUUUGAAUAUUAAAUAAUGUAAGAUAAAAAC